AUGGCACCUAAGAAGGACGUUAAGAAACCAGCAGCAGCACCAGCACCAGCACCCGCACCAGCACCUGCGCCAGCGCCCGCUAAACCCAAAGAACCAGCAAUCGAUCUCAAGAGCAUCAAGAUCGAGUUCUCCAAGGAGCAGCAGGAUGACUUCAAGGAGGCCUUCCUCCUCUUUGACAAGACAGGUGAUGCCAAGAUUACCCUGAGCCAGGUCGGUGACAUCGUUCGGGCACUGGGACAGAACCCCACAAAUGCUGAGAUGAACAAGAUCCUGGGCAACCCCAGCAAAGAGGAGAUGAACGCCAAGAAAAUUACCUUUGAAGAGUUCCUGCCCAUGCUGCAAGCAGCUGCUAACAACAAGGAUCAGGGUACCUUUGAAGACUUUGUUGAAGGUCUGCGUGUUUUCGACAAGGAAGGCAACGGCACAGUGAUGGGGGCUGAACUCCGCCACGUACUGGCCACGCUGGGUGAGAAGAUGACAGAAGAGGAAGUAGAUGAACUGAUGAAAGGUCAGGAAGACUCCAACGGCUGCAUCAACUACGAGGCAUUUGUAAAGCACAUCAUGUCUGUCUAAGUGGACACCCCCAGAUAACAAACG